UGCAGAGUAUCUCUCUAUCAAAAUUGUCACAAUAUCACCGAGACACCUACAAUUAUACAAUUGUAUCAAAUGAUGAUAUUCCAUAUAAUUUCAUUGACUGUGGACCGGAUAUGGAUCAUAUAAAGACUGAAUUUGACAAUGAUAUUCCUCUACUAGAAAUACCUAUUUUAGAAACAAAUGUAGUUGAAAAAACACUCAAAAUGAAAGAAAAGAACACAGAUGAUACUAGAGUCAGAGAUAAUCAACUUAAAAUAGAAAUAAAACCUCUUUUGAAGAAUACAAAAUCGAAUUUAAAAAAAGAAAAUACAGGUAAUAAAGAUAGACUGAUUAGAAAGAGGAAAAAAAUGAUCUCCAAAGAGGUUGAUAGCUCGGAUGAGGAAGUUAAUUAUUCUACGAUUGAAAUGUCUGAAAAGGAAAUGUUGGAAUGUAGGGAGGCCAUGAGGGUUCUGGGGAGCUAUGUGAAUGCGUCAAAUAAAUGUGAAUCUUGUGUUGAAGGUUUUAAAGACUAUAAUGAAUUGGAGAAACAUAAUUUGGAGUUACAUGUGCAGAAGCCAAGGUACAUACAGUGUGACAUUUGCCUGGUUUAUAUAAAGUACUGGUGGCUCGCUGAACAUAGGAAGGAACAUUACACGAGCUACAGGUGCAAUUUCUGUGAGCACACGACAGCAAAUGUUUUGGAUAUAUUGAAACACUUGAAGACAGUCCACGGCACCGGCAACGUGGUCUCCAGGAUAUGGCAGAGAGUAAAGAGGAGAGCUGUACAAACGAAUCCGGCUCUGAAAACACGAAGGACCGAAAAGCCGGAAGUUAAGACGCCUUUUGGAUAUUUGUGUUACGAGUGCAAUAAAUAUUUUGAGAACAAGUAUCUACGGUACAAGCACAUACUGAAGUUCCACAGGGAAGGAUUCAAGUGCAAAACCUGCGGGAAGACAUUCGCGUUCAAGAACACAUUGAACAAGCACGAACAAGUCCACGCCCCCCCACUGCCGAGAGAGAAAUGUUCGAUAUGUGAUAAAAUGGUGCGCAUAGAUCGGGUCAAGACUCACGCUCGAAUACACAGCGAGAGGAAGCCGUUCGACUGCGUCGCCUGCGAUAAGCGCUUCGUAUCGCUCGACUCGUAUGAGAAGCACUUGAAGAAUUCAAGCGUGCACGCCGUUCAUGAUGUUCACAAAUAUAAAUGCACAAUGUGUGAAAAGGGCUUUAGGACGAUAACGGAGUUGAACGAUCAUACAAAUUACAUACACAUGAAAAGGACGCAUCACAAGUGUCCGAUAUGCAAUAAGGCGUUAGCGACGCGUCGUGGCGUCACCCGUCACGUACGACGAGCCCACCAGGGUCUCAAGGAGAAAAUAGGAGAUAAGAUACUAUGUCAGACGUGUGGAAAGGCGUUCCGGGAUAAGAAGUGCCUUCAAGAACACGAGUUAAUACAUACCGGUGAGAAACCUCUGUCUUGUGAUAUCUGUGGACGCACAUUCAGACAGAGCGCCUGUCUGUACACACACAAGCGCAGAGUGCAUAAAGUAGCGCCGAAACGGCAGAUCACACACACAGAAGAUAUUAAUGUUUUAAAUAUUAAAGUGUCAUAAAACUGA